AUGUCUUUCAACAGCAUCGUCAAUCAAGAUGAGAGCCAAAUGGAGGAAGAAGCGGGUUCGCCGCCUCAAGCGCAAGAGAAGAAAGAUGAGGGCCAGAUCCAAAUAAACACCUCGCACCUCAACCUGACUUGA